GGGUGAAUAUCAACUCGUCUCUCCUUUGCCUUUAUUUACAGACAACGUGGACUACUUCCUGCUUGAAUGCAAUAUUGUUUGGCUUGUGACUCAACCUGCUGAAGCUCAUUAAACCGGUUUUACGGAUGCACUGUUUCCAUACUGACAUACUGAACUUCUCGGUGUCCUGCAAACCAUCUACACAUCUGUUCAAUCCGACAUGAAAAGAAACGGCACCUAUAAGUUUUUGUCAGUUUUCUCCUUCUUCGUCGUUUGCUUGUUCUUGUUUUUCUUUUGGUUCUUUAUAUUUUACUCAUUUACACAUGCACCGUAAGGAGUACAUUUCUUUAGCAGCUAAGCUAAACCGCUCAGCUGCUUACCCACAGUGCAUUGCGGUGUUGACAAGUCCCGCAGGUCACAUGAUCCGUCUGACCAGGAAGUAAAGGUUUCUGUUCUUGGCAGCGCAUCCUGUUAGUGAAGUUGUAAUGGCAUCUGACACCAGUGAAGCAGCGUCCUCCACUCCAGACCUCAAGCUGCAGUUUGCUCCCUUCAGCAGCGCUCUGGAGGCAGGCUUCUGGCACCAGCUCACUCAGAAGAAACUCAAUGACUACAAAUUGGACGAAAGCCCCAAAUCUAUUAAAGGAUAUUACUACAAUGGUGACCCACUUGGUUUGCCCACUCGCCUGACGUUGGAGUUCAGCGCAUUUGAAGUCGAUGGACCGACUCCAGCCCGUUGCUGUCCAGCUACUGGAACGCUGUACAACACCAACACACUCGAUGCCUUUAAGACCACCGAUAAGAAGGCCCUGCUGGAGAAAGAGGCCAAGGAGAUAUGGGAUGUUAUACAGUCUGGGGCUGCAUUAAAGGACCCAUCCAUCCUCUGCAAAUUCAUUCUGCUGACCUUUGCAGAUUUGAAGAAGUAUCAUUUCUACUACUGGUUCUGCUUCCCUGCACUCUGUUUCCCAGAGGGAAUAAAGAUCACCCAACAGCCGUCUGCCCUAGAUCAAGUGUUCUCAGCAAAACAGAUCACAGCCUUGCAGGAGGCCUAUGACGCCCUGUGUGUCAAAAGAGGGACCACUGCUGAGCCUUACUUCAUAAUGAAGUACACCGCUGACACUGUUCAGAUGGCUGCACUCGAGGACUGGGACACGUUCUUCACUGAUACUAAGAAGGUUACUGUGGGUGUCUAUGAUCCGUGUACUCUGUCUCAACAUCCGGGCUGGCCUUUGAGAAAUCUGCUGGUCCUCUUAGCCAACCGAUGGGGCUCUAAGCUGGACACAGUGGAGCUGCUGUGUUUCAGGGACCGAACUAUGCAAGGAAGCCGCUCCAUACAGCACAGCGUCAUCUUCCAGAUAAAACUUCCUGAGCUUCCCAUCAACUCGGCAUGUCCUAAGAGUGUAGGUUGGGAGAAGAACCCUAAAGGGGCCAUGGGACCCAGGAUGGUCAACCUCAGUGAAUGCAUGGACCCUAAAAGACUUGCAGAGUCAUCAGUGGACCUGAAUCUGAAGCUGAUGAGAUGGAGGCUGGUUCCUUCCCUGGACCUGGACAAGGUGGUCUCCACUAAGUGUCUUCUACUGGGAGCUGGGACUCUGGGCUGCAAUGUAGCCAGGACUCUGAUGGGAUGGGGCGUGAGACACAUCACAUUUGUAGACAAUGCGAAGAUCUCAUACUCCAAUCCAGUUCGGCAGCCGCUCUAUGAGUUUGAGGACUGUCUCGGAGGAGGGAAGUUUAAAGCCAUGGCAGCUGUGGAUCGACUCACCAAAAUCUUUCCUGGAGUGAAUGCAGAGGGUUUCAAUAUGAGCAUCCCCAUGCCCGGUCAUCCAGUGAAUUUCUCUGAGGCCACUCUUUCCCAGGCCCAGAGGGAUGUGGAGCAGCUGGAGAAGCUCAUUUCAGAACAUGAUGUGGUCUUCUUACUUAUGGAUACCAGGGAGAGCCGCUGGCUGCCUACUGUGAUAGCUGCCAGCAAGAGGAAGCUGGUGGUUAACUCCGCUCUGGGCUUUGACACAUUUGUCGUGAUGCGCCACGGCCUGAAGAAGCCCCCCGUCAGUCAGAGUGUUUCUGCAGGGGCAGAUUCCUCCACUUCCUGUUCUUCUGCUUCCUCUUCGUCCUCCACACCUGCCGGCUCUGUCCCAGGAUCCUCUCUGUUCUCCAACAUCCCAGGGCACAAGCUGGGCUGCUACUUCUGCAAUGAUGUCGUGGCACCAGGAGAUUCAACCAGGGAUCGGACUCUGGAUCAGCAGUGCACCGUCAGCAGACCAGGCCUGGCCAUGAUUGCUGGAGCCCUGGCUGUGGAGAUGAUGGUGUCCAUUCUGCAGCACAGUGAAGGAGGCUACGCAGUGGCAAGUAGCAGUGAUGACAGAAUGAAUGAACCUCCAACCUCUCUGGGUCUAGUGCCACAUCAGAUCCGAGGCUUUCUUUCGAGGUUUGACAAUGUCCUGCCUGCAAGCCUGGCCUUUGACAAAUGCACUGCCUGCUCUGACGUUGUCCUGGACCACUACGAGAGGGAAGGAUUCAACUUCCUGUCCAAGGUUUUUAAUUCAUCCCACUCGUUCUUGGAGGACCUGACAGGGCUGACACUGUUGCAUCAGGAGACACAGGCUGCAGAGAUCUGGGAUAUGAGCGAUGAUGAGAGCAUCUGAAGGACUGGAGGAGCAAACCCUGAGAAGGACUGAACACUCCAAUCCGUCUGGUUUUGUCUCUUAAGGAAUCACACCUUUGUAUGCAGAUGAGAGCAGGGCUUUGCAGACGACAGUAGACACACACACACAUACAACUCAAGUAAUCAAAAUGAACUACUUUACAAAGACAUCUUCAGAAAAGAGCAGUAAUGAGGUAAAAUAACAAACAGCUAAAUAACCAGAUUUAUUUUACUGCUAAAAUAUUCAGUGGCACAGUUAAAUUAGAAACAAGAUCAGAGAUGGAACAAGUUAAUGUUCCACUUUGUGUGUAAGAAACUGUUGCAUUUUAUGGAGAAUGUACCUUUUUCUAUAUCCUCAUGAUGUGUAAUCAGUCACCUUCACUCAUUGUUUGGAGUCAGUUCAGUUCCAAAAGACAAAACACUGAGUUUUUGUCUGGAGAUGCCUCGCUGAAUGCUCACAGGUUCGAUCCUUCCCACAGUCCCUCCAUCAACACAUUUAAUGGGGUUGCUGAGUCCUCUGGCAAGACAUUGUCUAACUACAUCUGCUCGCUCAUUCAGUUCGCUGCAGAUAGAUUAUGAAAUUACAAAAACACAUUUGACAACUCAGCAAAUCCAUCCAUCUCCCUUUUCUGUUUACUGGAGACUGUGAUGCUUUCAGCACAACUAAAACUAAAACCAGCUUUGUUGAUUUGAAAGUAUGAAACCUGCAAACAGAUGUUACUGUGCAGCUGUGGCUUCUGAUAUGGAAACGAUUUGCUGUUACUGUAGACAACCUGGAACCUACAACUGCAUGGUUUAAUCGGGGGAAAAAAAAGAGCCUAUGGACAAACUGAAGGUCUUUAUUGUUUGUUUGUGUUGAAGCAUGCACUUGUGUGUCUGUGCAGUUAGUGUUGCUUUUCUUACUCUACCAUGUGUCGUUUGUCUGAACUGUGAACAUGUACAAUGUUUUCAGUGUAAUGAAAUGUACAUUUCAACAGCUGCUUGGAUAUUUAUGGAAGAUCAUUAAUGCAGUGUGAAAAAAGCGAUCUGAGAUUAAUUAAAGGGUUUAGGAUUGAAGUUCAAAAAUUAGAAUUGUGGGAGAAAUACAUAUUUUCAAAAUAAAACCCAAGAAUUCAGACUUUUUACUCAUACUUUAUUGAGGAUCGAGAUUAAAUAGAUUCUGACUUGGCUUUCAUAAUUCUGACUAUUCUCAGCUGUUUUGCUCAAGCUUUGACUCUUCUGUAAGUAUUCAACCAAAGACUGGAAUAAAAUGUCUCUUUAUUAA